AUGCGUGGCGCCACGUCAAGACAAGAGAAUCAAACCACUGCCACCCUAUCUUCAGUCGUCGCAUUUAUCCAACACGAUCGCAGAUACGUGUUGAAGCAGAAACUUGGGAAGAACAAAGACUGCAUACGGACCUUCACGAAGCACGUCAGAGACUUGCUGGAUGAAACUGAGAUAUACCAUAAGCAUGUGCCUCGCGAAGAUUGGAAAGACAUGGAUCUGCUCGAGUCGCUGCUCGAGAAGAGGAGCCGACACUUGAACGAUUUGUGGGCGACUAGACGACGACUAGAGAAUGAAAUGAGAGAGAUACGAAGAGAAGUAAGACAUCAUUUGAGCUGGACCUCCCCAUAUCCGGAUAUGAAUCAGCAACAACGUAUUGAUCGCGUCUCACGCGUGAUAAAGGGAUCACGUAUAUCCUCUUCCCAUAUCAAUAGCCACAAAUUACAGCCACUUACCACGCAGCUGUCAUUCACACAUUAUUGUUCAUCAAUGCCAAAGUCUGCAGAAAUCACUAAUACUUACCCGCAAAUGGUCGAAUACGUUUACGUCUACACAGUCGAGAUGAAGCGGGAGAUUGAGAGCAUUUCUGCUGAGAUACGGGCCAUCAAGGCAGGGCUCAGACUCAGGGAUGCUGAACUGCAGCACGAUAUCGCACGGAUGAAGCUUCAAAUAGAGCAGAUGCGUCGUUCACAGACAUAG